AUGGAGUUUGCCACGGGGACCCCUCUCAGCACUAUCAUGCGGCCUACUCUGCGGUCAAAGGAUUUAUCGGAGUCAGCUAAGAAUGAAGUGCUCCGCCCGUACAAAGACAAGGUCGCCCGUUUCUUAUCUUUCCUCCUCUCUCUCGAGCCGCCGCCCGAUACCGCCCCAGCCCCUGUCAACGGCGGCCGAAUCCAAAACUUUGUGUUCGGCCGUGAUAAUCACGAUGCACCUUGCAUUUUCGACACGCUGGAGCAGCUCCAGGACUGGGUCAAUCGAGAGAACGAGAAGAUGAAACUCAACCCUGAUCUCACAACGGCCGACCUUGUAUCAGAGGGCCUCAGGCUGUGUUACUGUGAUGUCGGCUUCCAUAACUUCCUGCUGGAGGACCCUGACGAUCCAAAUAGCCGAUUGACAAUCAUCGACUUCGAACACACCGCCUGGCUUCCCUUCAGCUUCCUAGUAUGGGCGCUGUGGGAUAAGAGGGAGGUGUACAUGGUGGAUCAAGUUACAUCACAGACCGGGAUGGGGAUACCGAGCGGAAAUGUUGAGGCUCUUCACAACAUAUUUCUACAGCGACGGUGGCUCUAG